CGGGUUGUGUUCCUAGAUAGUGUCGGUUUGUGGAAGUGAACGAGGACUAGAUAACGGACGUCGUCUCGUUGGUCUUCGUUGGCAGACUUUGUCAUCGUCACACACAUCAUGGCCACAAGAAGACGGCGCGCAGGCGAAGGCCAUGAAGCCAAGUUCCUCAACCGGGGAUUGGACUUCAAAGCCAAGGUGGUUGGUAACACUUUAGUGCCGGCUGCACGAGGUGAAAAGAUGUGUCAUGAUGCUUUGCGUAGUCUGAAGGAUAAAUUGAAAACAUCCGGAAAACACAAACUUAGAGUUGUAAUCAAUGUGGCUAUGGAUGGAAUAAAAAUAAAAGAUGAAAAAUCUCAGGAGGUAUUGAACACGUUUCAUAUACAUAGAAUAUCGUUUAUCAGUCAUGACCCUGAUGACUCACGAGUGUUUGCUCUGAUUGAUGGAGUGAAAGGUGAUCCAGGGUAUACUUUACAUGCUUAUAAGUCAGAGAAGACGGCUGGUGCGGUUACUGGUGCCAUCAAAGAACUCUUCCAGAUUGUCUACAAGUAUCGUCGUGAAAUGAAAAGGCAGGAAAUGGAGAAAGAGACCAACAAAGCGGCUGCAAAUGGAGGUGCUAACGAUGCAAAACAUGUAGAUAGCAUCGCUGGCAACAAUGUGUCGGAGGAUAAACUGGCGACUGCGGGGUCUCACACGCAGAAAAACGAGAUUGGCGAAGACUGGUACCAGGUCCCUAAGCAGAUUCUGGGACAAAAGAACACUGAAGAUCUGUACCAGGUGCCCAGUAAUGUACCCGCUACUCAAGCGAAUACGGCAACCGAGUCGAAUACAGCGGCUGUUUUUCAAGAUUGGUUAAAUCUGUCUGCCGGUCUUAAUCAGAUAGCCACGGAUUUGUCACUAGAUCCUGGAGCUGGAAUGUUUCCACCAUCUGAUGUUUUUGGAUCGGAUCCGUUUGCAUCGUUUGCUAAGAACGAUGAUUUUGCAGUGACCACACCGACUCUCUCUGAAACGGAUCCUUUUUCACCCAUCAAAAAGGAUCCUCCGAGUUCUCUAAUGAAUUCUGCAUUGCAAUCCAACGGCUUUCUUUCAUCCGAGGUCUCCAAAUUCUCCAAUGCUACACCCGGGCAAGGCUUUGAUCCAUUCAAAAUGGAGUCAUCAGCGGCCUCGGCGGAUCUGUUUUCUAAUAGUGAUUCGUUUCUGCAGACCGCUAACCAGUCAGACGGCUCUCAAUUCCAACAAGCUGUUAGUAAACCGUUAGGCGGACCGGCUACAUUUGGAGAUUCCUUUGUCGGCCCUCUGGCGACUCAAAAUCAGACCAUUCCAACAGCACUGUCACCUGUAUUUUCUGACCCUUUUGGUGUACAACAGUCUACACAGAAGGGUUGGUCUGGAGGCGGGGAAGCGGCAAAGCAUGUUGCACCUCAAGAGAAUAGCAUGGGUCUGGAUCCGUUUGCAUCCGGAAGUAGUAGGUUUGGGAAUUCUCAGAAGCUGGAGGUUUCAGCUGAUGAUCGGUUUGCCGCUCUCCGAAUGCUUGAUGACGAAAGCAGUUCGGGCUCCAUGUUCCUGACUUCGCCUACUGCGUUAGGCACGAGCACGGUGUCGUCACAAUUCAGUGACCCGUUUGAAGUGUUUGGGUCUCCUGCAGUCACUCAGUCAAAGACUCAGAAUUCUACAGCUGUCGGCAACUCUGUAACUCCCUCCAAUACGACAUCAACGACCGCGGAUCUGUUUGCCAUUUUGUCGAACGUGCCGACGGAUAAGUCAAGUAAAUCGCAGGCAGUAGACCCAUUUACCAAUGUGGCCACGAAGUUCUCAUCAGGUCUGACUCUUUCGGACCCUUUUCAGACUGAAAGUAGUAAAUCUGCUGCUGAUCCUUUUCAACCAGAAAAAGCAAACGACCCGUUCCACAAUAAAGGGACAGGUACAUUUGAAAUUGGACUUGUGAGUGGCAUCGCUCCCUUAACAGCUGCAACAUCAUUUAUGCCGGCAACCACAUCUACAACAUCUAAGGAUUUGUUCGAGACAUUCCAGUCAUCGAAUACGUCCUCAUCACCAGGGGCUGUUGACCAUUUUGCUGCUUUCAAUCCACAAAGUACCAUGUCUACAGUUUCGGCCCCAACAAUACCUGUAAACUCGUUGCAGCAGCCUCCGCUGGGGACCCAAAUGAACACCUCUGUAGGUCCGUUUGGUUCAUCAGCCACCGGCGACCUAUUCAGCAAUGUAUCGAUUCCGGGCUUGGGAAUAGUAGACAGCAAACACGAUCCGUUCUUACCGCUCGGGACGUCACAACACCCGACCACGUCAGACUUUCAAUCCACAUUCACUGACCCGUUUAGUUCGUUUACUGCACCAAAGAGUCAAUCGAAUUUCGGUCUAAGUGGAUCAAAGUCUACAGGUGCGAUUACUACCCAAGCUGCAGUGUCAUCAACCAACCCAUUUCUUGCCAGCAAUGCAUCCGGGGGACCGGUGUCGAGCUUUAAUCCGUUUGCGGACCAUCCAUCGUUUAGGAUGGCCGGCGAGCAGGAGCAGAAGAAACAAGCUGCUUCGAAUCCGUUUGUUGACUUCUCUGGCUCGAGUCUGUUUGAAUCGACGUGAAUCAGAGUAAACUAUAUGAUAUUUAAUUAAUACCAAUCGAGAGGUGACAUGCUAAUUAUGAGAGACAACAUAGGUAAUAAUGAUCUGAUUUGCUACUGGGAGUAGUGGACUGUUUGGGUAUCGGCUGUGUUCUCCUACCGAGUUUGCAGUUUUUGGACUGUAGUGUUGUGCCUGGAUCCUGUAGUUGUGUUGCACAUGAACGAUAACAUUGCUAGGUUGCUACUUUCUCUCUGUAGCAGGAA